GAGAGAGAUGGAGGAGAGCUCCAAAUAAAAGCGGCCCGAGCCUCGCCGUCCUCACCUUCCUCGUCCGUCGUCUCGUCUCGCCUCGCCUCCUCCGCUUCCCAAUUCAUAAAGCGAUCGAGCUCCUUCUCGCCCGCUGAUCCCGAGCCGGAAGGAGGAUGGGCUGCGCCUUCUCGUCGGCGUCGUCGUCGGGGUCGCUGCGGCCCUGCCCCGCGGGGGUCCGCGUCAUCCACACCAACGGCUACGUCGAGGACUUCCUCGGCCCCGGCGUCGUCACCGUCGCGCACGUCACCGGCUGCUACUACGCCGACAAGGACGAUCACCCCGCCUCCUCGCCGCGCUACGUGCUGUGCUCGUCGGCGCACCUGCUGCAGCCGGGGCGCGGUCCGUUCCGCCCCGACGACACGCUCCAGCCCGGCACUGUCUACUUCCUCCUCCCACAGUCGGUGUUCCAGUCCGAGUCCUCCGCCGUCGACCUCGCCUGCCUCAUGAACCGCCUCACCGCGCUCGCGCGCAAGGGCUGCGCCACCGCCGCCCCCGCGCCCAACCCCGUCGAGGCGCUCUUCGCCGGCGCCACCGUCGCGGCAACCCCGCAGCAGCAGCCGCUGGCGGCGGGGGUCAAGGAGCCCGCCGCGCCGGGGCGGCCGGCGCCGUGGAGGCCCCGCCUCGACCGGAUCGACGAGUCCAUCGGCCGCGCUUCCAUGCGCAGCGCGUCCAGCCGCAGCGCCUGCAGCGACGCCUGAACGAUGCGGUCGCCGUCACCCAUUAUUAGCUUGGUUGUUAGAUUUCCCUUUUCUUUUCUUCUCCCUCUUCGAUUCUCUAUGCAAAUAUAUAGUACAUACAGGUUUUGUACAUGUUUUGUUGUAGCAUAGCAUCCAUUCGAUUGAUCAAUGGUGUAAAAAUAGCAGGGCCAGAUUAAAUUGUUCAUGAUGAGUUCCUCCCUA